AUCGAUGAGCGAUAUUUUUAAAAAUAGUAUCAACAAUCACAGUAAGUAUAUCGCCAUUUUAAGGCACGCCGAAGAGAGAGAUUCGCAUUUUUGAUUUAUAUUAAUUGAAUGAAAUCGAAAUGCUGAAAUCGAUGAAUUUGCUGCAAUUGCUGGGCAUAUCGGCUCUGUUAAUUCUUGGGCCAACAAUUCCGCCUGUCAACGGCUAUGACAAAGAGAUGACGGUUUAUGUGGAUGCCGGCAAGAAGGAGUGUCUAUAUCACAAUGUCAAGGUUGGAGAGAUAAUAGACUUUGAGUAUCAGGUGAUCGAUGGCGGACACGGUGAUCUGGACAUUAGUUUCUCGCUGCUGGAUCCCAUUGGUCUGAUCAUUGUUAGCGACUACAAGAAACCGGAGAAUAUGCACCAGCAUGAGGUGUUAAAGGAGGGCGAUUAUCGUUUCUGCUUUGACAAUAGCUUCAGCAUGUUUAAUCGCAAGACGGUCUUCUUUGAGCUGAUUGUGGAGCGUGAGGGGGAUCCCAAUCAUGGUGAUCAGCAGUGGAAGGAGGUCGAUGAGUUGACGGGCCUAACUCCCGAGGAAUUUUACGAUAUGAAGGUGCAGGAUAUUAUGGACUUUAUUGGGCGCAUACGAAUGCAAUUGACCAAGGUCAGACAGCUGCAGGAUCUGUUGCGUUCCCAUGAGGCAAGGGAUCGCAAUCUGGCCGAGGCCAACUUCCAGAAGGUCAACAAUUGGUCAAUGCUUCAAGUCAGUGCCAUGAUCGGAGUUGGCCUCAUCCAAGUCUUUAUGCUGCGCAGCAUCUUCGAAACUCGCGGACGCAUGCAUCACUUUUGGAGCAAAUUGGGCAUUUGAUGAGGCAUUGAUCGAUUCAUCAUCAUCAUCAUCAUCAUUGUCAUUAUCAUUGUCAUUGUAGCAUUUACCAAAGAUGUUGUUUGCAUUCUCAUUCGACUGCAAAUUGUUAAAUAUUGUCACAAGCUCCUUAUCAGUGUCAACAAUAUAGUUACUAGCUCUAAUUAGUUGCGUGUAUGUUCUCACCCAACUCCUCCCCCCGUCUGUGUGUGUGUGUGUGUCUGUAUGUGUGUCUGCAUUUAUGUAUUAUACAAAAAUGAAAUAAAAGCAAUUGUAAUUUAAGCAUUAUAUUCAGGUUGCUCCAAUGAUAUUUAUCAAAUAAAGUGUUGAUUUAAAGUAAUA